AUGGAGGCCAGAGUGGAUGGCGCUGUGCAGACAAGGCAAGUCCUAUUUCUUUGUGUUUUUCUGGCAAUGUCUUGGGCUGGCGCGGAACCGUUGGGGUAUUCUGUGGCAGAGGAAACUGAGAGGGGCACUUUUCUGGCCAAUGUGGCAAACGACUUGGGUUUAGGGACUGGGGAAUUGUCAGCCCGGGGACCUAGAAUUGUUUCAGACCAGAAUAUACAGUUCUUACUGCUCAAUCCUCUUACUGGUGAUUUGCUUCUGAAUGAGCAACUGGAUCGGGAAGAACUGUGCGGCUCCACAGAGCCCUGUGUACUGCCUUUCCAACUGCUAUUGGAAAAGCCCUUUCAGAUUUACCGUGCUGAACUACAAGUCAGAGACAUCAAUGAUCAUUCUCCAGUAUUUCUGGACAGAGAGUUUUCCUUGAAAAUAUUAGAAAGUGCCGCUCCAGGGGCGACAUUUCUCUUAGAAAGUGCACAGGACUCAGAUGUUGGCAUCAACAGCCUGAGGAACUACACCAUCAGCCUUAAUGCCUAUUUCCACAUUAAUGUGCAUGAUGGAGGAGAGGGGAAUAUCGUUCCUGAACUGGUACUGGAUCAAAUGCUGGACCGUGAGAAAAUACCUGAGAUCACCUUAACCCUCACAGCCUGGGAUGGUGGCUCUCCAGCAAGAUUUGGGACGGCCCUGGUACAUGUCCUUGUGCUAGACAUCAACGACAAUGUCCCUGAAUUUGAGCAGUCCAUCUACAAAGCACAGAUACCAGAGGACACUCCCAUUGGUUCAUUGCUUGUCACAGUGUCAGCGAGGGAUUUCGAUACUGGAAGUUAUGGAGAAAUCCACUACGCAUUCUUUUAUGCCACUGAGAAAAUUCUCAAAACGUUUCAAAUCAACUCAACAUCUGGUAAUCUUUAUCUUAAAGCUGAGUUGAACUAUGAAGUAAUUCAAGUUUACACGUUAACAAUUCAGGCAAAAGAUGGUGGAGGACUGGCUGGAAAAUGUACUGUGGUUGUUGAUGUAACCGAUGUGAAUGAUAAUCCACCAGAACUUCUUAUAACAUCACAUAGCAGCUCAAUUGCAGAAAACUCACCAGAGACUGUAGUUGCUGUUUUCCGAGUUAGAGAUAAAGAUUCAGGAAAUAAUGGGAAAAUGGUGUGCUUUACCCAGGAAGAUCUCCCUUUUGCUCUACAGCCCUCCAUAGACAAUUUCUACACUCUAGUAACAGAGAGACCUUUGGAUCGAGAGUGUAAUACUGAAUACAAUAUCACCAUCACCGUCUCCGACUUGGGGACUCCCAGGCUGCAAACCCAGCACACCUUCACCCUGCAGGUGUCCGACGUGAACGACAACGCCCCCGAAUUCACGCAGUCCUCCUACACCCUGUGGGUCCGCGAGAACAACAGCCCCGCCCUGCACCUUGGCACCAUCAGCGCCACAGACAGAGACUCGGGCAGCAACGCCCAGCUGACCUACUCGCUGCUGCCCGGCCCCGACGCGGCGGCGGGGCUGGUGUCCAUCAACGCGGACAGCGGGCAGCUGUUCGCCCUGAGGGCGCUGGACUAUGAGGCCCUGCAGGCGUUCGAGGUGCGCGUGCGCGCCGCCGACCGCGGCUCGCCCCCGCUCAGCAGCCAGGCGCUGGUGCGCGUGCAGGUGCUGGACGCCAACGACAACUCGCCCUUCGUGCUGUACCCGCUGCAGAACGCGUCUGCGCCCUGCACAGAGCUGCUGCCCAGGGCGGCCGAGCCGGGCUACCUGGUGAGCAAGGUGGUGGCGGUGGACCGCGACUCGGGCCAGAACGCCUGGCUGUCGUUCCAGCUGCUCAAGGCCACGGAGCCCGGGCUGUUCAGCGUGUGGCCGCACAAUGGCGAGGUGCGCACCGCCAGGCUGCUGAGCGAGCGCGACGCGCCCAAGCACAGGCUGCUGCUGCUGGUCAAGGACAAUGGCGAGCCGCCGCGCUCGGCCAGCGUCACGCUGCACGUGCUGCUGGUGGAUGGCUUCUCGCAGCCCUACCUGCCGCUGCCCGACGCGGCGGCGCCCGAGCGCGCGCAGCCCGACCGCCUCACUGCCUACUUGGUCAUCGCGCUGGCGGCCGUGUCUUCUCUCUUCCUCUUGUCUCUGCUGCUCUUCGUGGCCGUCAGGCUGUGCAGGAGGAGCAGGGCGCGCUCGCUGGCCGGCUGCGCGCUGCCCGAUGGCCCCUUGCCUGGACACCUGCUGGACGUGAGUGGCACGGGGACCCUGGCCCACAGCUACCAGUAUGAGGUGUGUCUGCAGGAAGGAGCUGGCACCAAUGAGUUCAAAUUCCUGAAGCCAGUGUUUCCAAACCUAUCCCCCCAGGUCCCUGGGAAUGAACUAGAGGGUAUGCCUAGCUUCCGGAAUAGUUUGGGGUUCAAUAUUCAGUAAUGGGAAUGAUUUCAUAUUCCAAGCGUAUUUUAUAUCUAUUUGAAAUAAAUAUUUAGCUUUCCCAGUUUGCACGUACUCUACAUUUUGGUGAUGGCCCAGGAACCCCCAAUGAGUUCAAUUUCCUAAAAUGAGUUAUCUCUACCUUCUUACCCCAAGGCAUCCCAAAGGAUAUGAAAGAAAGUCCCACACCUCAGAAUUUUUCUUUCUCUCUCUUUCUUUCCUUCUUUCCUUUCGG